AUGAGUGAGAUCAAUAGCACGAAGUUAGCAAUUUUUAUGGAAAAUCCGUUAAAGAAAUAGCAUUUGAAUUAAAAUAAGAAUGAAUUAGAGGUCAUAUUAAGUCCUCCUCAAUAUAAUAAAAGACAACUGUAAUUCUGCAAAAGGAUUGAAGAACUCGACUUAAGCAACUAAGGUUUAAUGGAGAUAAAAUAAGAAAAAAUCAAUAAUAUAUGGAUCAUUAAAUUAGAUUUGUCUCAUAAUUGCAUACAAUAAUAUGGCAAUGAAUUUAAGAUAUUAUAAAAUUUAAGAAUAUUAGACAUAUCAAAUAAUUAUGUUAAAAUUUUACCUUUAAAUUUUAACAAAUUUCAUCCCCAAUUAUAGAAUUUAUACAUCUCACAUAAUAAUCUCAGUACUUUGCCUUAAAUGCCAGAUGAACUAAUUUAAUUAAAUAUUGAAUAUAAUCAGAUACACUAAUUCCCAUAGAAUCUGUAAAAUUCAAUCUAAAUUUUGCUACUUUCAGGAAACCCAAUCUAUGAAUUAAAAUAUUUAUCUGAAUUAAAAGAGUUCAGUAUUGACUGGGUAAUUUAUUUGGGAUGGAGCGAAAGAAUCAAAGGGAAUUAAUUGUAAUAAUUUCAGAAUUGGAUGUCGAAAGAGAAUCAAGCAACAUUCUAGAAUAUGAUAAAACAUUUCUUAGGCGAAUAGUUUAAUUAUAAAAAUUCUGAUUAGAAUGGAAACACAAUUCUACAUUAGGCAGCUCUAAAACAACAUUUAGGGGUUAUUUUGGGUUGUAGUAGUGUUAUUGAUAAAAAUUCAUUAAAUAACCAGAAACAAUCUCCAAUCUAACUAGCGUUGUUUUCAGAUAAAUAUCAAAGUGUUAAAUGUUUAUUAUCUUUAAACGUUAAUCUAAAUUCAGUAAAAAUAUCUUUAUUCUAGCAAAAUUUAGUGAUAAUAUCUCUGAUUAAAUAACAAAUAAAUUUGAUGCAAGGAUUUUUAUAACAUGGAACAGAUCCAAAUGAAUAGGACAAAGAAGGAAAUACAGCCUUACAUUAUUUGAUCAACAAGUGGCCAACUUUUUAAUUUCCUGAAAAAUAUGCUGCUCUUCUUCUAUAAUAAGGUGCAUGCCCUCUUAUAUUAAAUAAAUAAGGGCUCAGUCCAUUACAUAUAGGAGUGAAAUGUGGUUAUAUUUAAGCGGUUUAAUUUGCAUUAGAAUAUAAAGGAUAACUUGAAAUUUGUGAUAGAUGUUCGCAUCCUUUUGAUAUUACUUAAGUUACAGGUAAAGAAAAGUUUAGCGUUUUUGAUAUUUGCAUGCAAUCAAAUCAAGUCUAAAUGUGUUUUUCCCUUUUACGAUAUUGUUAAUAUUAUAUCAGAUGCAAACCUAUAACUUAUUGUUGUUUAUGGAAACUUAUUGUAAAACACAAUAGACAUAUUUUUGUUGAAUAUUUUUAAAAGUCUGGAAAUACGUUAAAUUAAUCCGGAGAAUAAUUGUAAGAACGAAAAAGCAAACAUGCUUGUUGUUUAAAUUUAACAAAGUAAUUGAAUGCUUCGUUUAUGAAAAUUAAUUUACCUAAUUAGUUUACGAUGAGUAGAUAGAGAAAAGACUAUUUUUCAAUCUAGGAUGCACCUUUACUUAAGGAAGGAGAUAAUGAUCAUAUCGAAUAUUUAGACAGUUCAAUUGAUUCCCAUGAGGAAACUAAAGGAUUAUAGCCUGUUAAUUGGAGUAGAUAUGACUGCAAUAACGAAAUGAAUGCUCCAAAACUAUGCAUAUAAUCUAAUACUAUCACUGAAAAAGAAAGCCGCAGAGAAAAUUCAUAAAUUAGGCAGAUAGCAGAAGCCUACUACAAUGAAUAUAUAUUAAAUGAUAAUUUAUUAAAAAAGGAAGAAAUUUUAAUAAUUUUACUCAAAUUAAAUUUCCAGAUUAAUGUAGUGAAUUAAUUGAGAGAUCAAUCGAUUUAAGAGAUAUUUAUCCAAAUUGUUGAAGACUAUUCCUUCUAAUGUGAGAUUCUCUAAGAACAACAAAGUUCAAUAAAAUAAGAAUCAUUUUUUUAUAAGGAUUUAGAAAGUAUAGACUAGGGUGAAUCAACCUGUUAGAUUACUUUAAUGCCAUCAUCUAUAAACUAUUUAAAAUAAAGAUUUGAUUAAUGGACAUUAGAAUAUUUACUAAGGUUUACUACUAAAUUUAGUGAACAUUCUAAACUUUCUGAAAUUCACUAAUUUGAAUUAUUUUAAUUAUGA